GCGUGAAUUCCGCCCUCGUUCUCCAAACCAUCGGCUUCGGAGAGGCUUGCUUUGAGUGAGAUCCAAUUCUUUGGCCGCCAUUGCUGCGGCGCCCGCGUCCGUUCCCAGCAACAGGAGGAGGUCUCUGUACAUGCCCGUCAUCUCCCCCCUUCCUUUCUCGCUCGCGCCAACGCCGGCUGCUCCCGCGGCGUCGCGGGCUCGCUGGAACAGCUUCCUGCACCACUGGCGUUUGCGAGAUUCGAAUGGACUAAUCUGGACUGUGGUCUUGGACUAGAGCUGGACUGCUCAAUGUAUGAAAUUAUGUACGGCUACAUACUUUCUUGCUCUACUGCUAACUAGUACUCCGAUGAAGCAUAAUGGAGUAGUUCAAUAUCGUUUCAGAUCAAAUUGUUCAAUUUACUUGAAUUAGAAUGAGUUAUUUGAAUGCGGUCGAAGCGGUUGCUAGCAUCGUCUCCUACGAAUAAGUGUCUGAUGUUUUUGCGUGGUCUGACGCUGCUGCCAGUUGAAACAAAAGCAGGUAUGUGCAGCAACGGUUUUGAUUCAACUAACUGCCUUCGUAUGGAGGAGGUUGAGCCAAAUUUAUCCCCAUUUCUCCACAAGCUUUUUAAAGAGUGGGAUGACCGCAAUGCGAGGGGCUUGUUUCACCACGACAUCACUACGUCUGAGGCCAAGGUGCUACCUGGAGAACACAAUUUUGUGGCAACAUUGAUAGAAGGGCGUGACCAGAAGAAGCGGCCAACUGAAUUUGGAAUGAACCAGGUCCUCCAACCAUUUCAUAGUGAGAAGUUCAAUUUCACUAAAGUUAAACCAGAGGAGGUGAUCUUCAGGUUCCAAGAAACUGAGAAUGAUUCUGCCCAGUAUUUUGACGGAACUCCUCCCACUGUUUCAGCUUCUCCUAGCUGCAUUUUGAUCAACGUGAGCCCAAUCGGGUACUGUCAUGUGCUUUUGACCCCUCAAAUCCAGGAAUGCUUACCGCAAAGGGUUGAUCAAGAGAGCUUCUUACUGGCCAUGUAUGUCGCAAGGGAGGCAAGGAAUCCAUUCUUCAGAGUUGGCUAUAACAGUCUGGGUGCCUUUGCAACAAUCAAUCACCUCCAUUUCCAAGCAUACUAUCUGAAAGUGCAAUAUCCAGUCGAGAAUGCGCCGACAGAGAGAAUCACAGUCGUACGGAACGGCGUCAGCAUUUCUCAGCUGGUGCGGUACCCAGUAAGCGGCUUUGUAUUUGAAGGCGGAGCGAGCCUGGAGGAUCUGUCACAGGCCGUCUCAGAUGCAUGUAUCUUCUUGCAAGAGAAUAACAGACCUUUCAAUGUCCUUAUCUCUGAAUCUGGCAAGAGAGUAUUCCUUCUACUACAGUGCUACGCUGAGAAGCAGGCUUCCGGAAAGGCGAGCCAGGAGUUCCUCGACAUGAGAAUCAAUCCAGCGGUCUGGGAGCUCAGCGGGCAUUUGGUUUUGAAGAGGAGGAAGGACUACGACGAAGCAUCCGAGGCAACACUAUGCAGGUUUUUGGUUGAAGCGUCCCUGUCUGAAGCAGAGUUCCAGGAGCUGAAGAGGUGCCUCUUGGAGUUCCUGGCCACUGCAAGUCCUGAAAAGUAGAGAUGAAACCAAACCAAUUCUGAGGUGCUGAUCAGUAAUGUUGGGUGUGCUAAGUUGUUUCACAUAUCCUGUCAACUCUGAAAUCAGCAUAGGCCUGAGGGCCUCUGAUGAGUCAUAUGUUUGUUUCAUAUAUCCGUUGGUAACAACUUGUACAUUGUCA